AGGAUACGGGCAGUCCCAGCCUACUCUGGUUUCCAGAGAGAGUCGCUCCGAGUAGCUCUAGCUCUGGCUGAGUGGGGGCGUGCCUUCGACGUGCUUGGCUCGAUUGGCUGGCCUUCCUCACGGUAACGGUCGUGCAGGCGGGGAUCCAACAGUUGAGCCGAGCGGGGUUGGGCCGGCUGCUCGUGGAAGAUGAGCGGCUUAGGAAGAUGAAGAUCCAGUUUCAGACUCACUGGGUGAUCAUUUCAUUGAGAUAUCUUGAAUGACCAGGUGUGAAGUGCAAGAGGAAUGUGCAAUGACUGAGGUAAAUACAGUAAGGAAAUUGAGUAAGGAAACUGAAGUUUAGAAGGAUCAAGUAACUGCUUAAGACAAUACAGGCAACUCAAAUUAUUUUAUUGCCAACCUCUACCUCUUUUGAUUCUGUAAGAGAAACUGUGCCUCCAGCAACCCCUCAAUCCCAGGAAUCCAGUCAAUUAUCAGACAGAUUCAUGAUUGAAAAACAGCAGGAGGAAGCAGAAUGGGAAAUCACAAAUGUGCUGUUACUGAGGCAUGGAUUAAAACCUUUGUCCCUAGUCAAAAGAACAGAUCUUACAGAUCUUAUCAUUUUUGAUAAACAGUCAUCACAAAGGAUGAGGCAGAAUUUGAAAAUGUUGGUGGAAGAAACAGAUCGUCAACAGAAUGUGAUACAAGAGCUCAUAGAAACUAAUCAGCAGCUUAGGAAUGAGCUUCAACUAGAAAAAAACCGAGCAGCACAUCAGGAACAACGAGCUAAUGACUUGGAACAAAUUAUGGAGAGUGUGAAAUGCAAAAUUGGUGAAUUGGAAGAUGAAUCUGUAAAUAGGGUCUGCCAGCAACAAAAUCAAAUGAAAGAUCUUCAAAAGGAGCAUAGAACUUUACAGUCAAAAUGCCAGCAUUAUAAGAAGAAACAACUGGAACAGCAUCAGACUAUUGCUUCUUUGCAAAAGGAUAUCUGUCGAUUAAAAAAAGAGGAAGAAGAACGAGUUAUCACUCAAAACAGAGUGUUUGCCUAUCUCUGCAAAAGAGUUCCUCACACAGUCUUGGAUAAACAGUUGCUUUGCUUGAUUGACUACUAUGAAUCUAAAAUUAGGAAAAUCUUUACACAAAGGCAAUAUAGAAAAGAUGAAAGUCAAUCAGAAGAAGAAAAGGAUUACAGAAAUCUUAAUGUUUCACGACCUUACAAAGGCCUUCUAAUGUCAUUACAGAAUCAACUCAAGGAAUCAAAUUCUAAGAUUGAUGCACUUUUAAGUGAAAAGCUAAAACUCCAAAAAGAUUUAGAAAACAGGCCCACACAACAUGAAUUAAGACUUUAUAAACAACAAGUGAAGAAACUGGAGAAAGCCCUCAAGAAAAACAUAAAACUACAGGAGCUAAUCAGUUAUACAAAAACUGAGGACACAGAGAAAAAAGAUGAAGCCAACAAAGAAAACCAGCAACAGGCUUUAAUUGACCAGAGAUACUUUCAGGUACUAUGUAGCAUCAAUUCAAUUAUUCACAAUCCAAGAGCUCCAGUAAUAAUUUAUAAACAGAGCAAAGAAUCCCAGCAUUUUAACAAAGACUUUGUUCAAGACUAUGGAUUUGAACAUCUUGUUCCUAUAAUAGAAAUGUGGGCAGAUGAACUGACAUCCCUGAAGGAUUUGUAUAAGUCCUUGAAAAUACUAUCUACAGAACUGGUGCCUUGGCAUAACUUUAAGAAACAGGAUGUAAGUGAAGGCGUCAGAGUUGAAGACCUGCUGUUUAUGGUAGAUGCCAUGUUGGAAGAAGCUGAAAAUAAGAAAAAGGAUAGCAACACGCCAAACUUUCAAACUUUGCAAGCUAUUGUCUCUCACUUCCAAAAGUUAUUUGAUGUACCUUCUUUAAAUGGAGUCUAUCCCCGAAUGAAUGAAGUUUAUAGUAGGCUUGGAGAAAUGAACAAUGCUGUGAGGAACCUCCAAGAACUCCUAGAACUAGAUAGUUCAUCCUCAUUGUGUGUGCUGGUAAGCACAGUUGGAAAAUUGUGUAGGCUGAUUAAUGAGGAUGUGAAUGAGCAGGUUAAACAAGUAUUAGGACCCGAAGACCUCCAAAGCAUUAUCAGCAGACUGGAAGAACAUGAGGAAUUUUUCCCAGCGUUUCAGGCAUUUGCUAAUGAUCUACUUGAAAUCUUAGGGCUGUCAGAGCAAGGGAGACAGCGAGUGUCCUGUAGGUGUGCCAAUACACUGGAAAAGUCCUGGCAAGUCAAAGUGUAACUGCAAAGUUAAAUUUAAGAAAUUGAUGACUUGGAUGCCAUUGUACCUGCAGUAAAGAAAUUAAAAGUACUUUCAUACUGAAACAAAUCAAAUCAUUUUAGUGUGUAAAUUGCAUUUUUGCCAUUUUAACUAUUCUAUGGAUUUGGUCUUAUCUUGAGCUAAAAGGUAUAAAAUAUAUUUGCUUUCAGAAUUCAUCCUCUUAGUAGUGGGUGAUUCUCCUUAUAGUUUUUUUUUAUUAACUUUGAGAUUCUUUUAUAAAAAAUGGCUAAGUUGUUAAAAAGUUGGUAAAUUAGUAAAUUAACUCUAGAUUCCUUAAUCAUAUUUUAAGCAGUUCUUGAGUGCUUAAAAUUUAGGGUAGAGUUUGUGAGUAAAAGACCCAGAGAGAGAGAGUAUGGAAAUAAUGGAAAAGUUGUAUUUAAGUUAAAGAUUUACUCCCUUCUGUUCGGGCAAAAGGAAUGCCAAGUCUAGUCAGCUUUCCUGGCAAGGAUUAAUUGGUGUUCUAUUAAGAUAUCCCUCAUGGCAGUUUUUCUUUUAGAGCAGGAAGGAGGAAAAAAAGAAAAAAAUUUGUAUCUUUGUUUAGACUAGGAAAUCGUGGAAUAAAAUAGGUGACUAGAUAAAAGCUCCUCUUUUUAAUGUCUUUUUUGUAGUCUUCAUGUAAUGUGCUUUUAUAAGGAGAUUCAAUCUCAAAUAAAAGUUUUGUAAAAAAUA